UUCAGAUAGCUUCCAUGAGCUGUGUCUGUAUGUAUGUAACAUAAUUAGUACGUAGUAUUAUGGGGAACCUCUAUGGAUUGCUUGUAUUUUAGAACUAGCAACUUUGUCCCCCGCCAAACAUGAAAACCUAUAUAAAUGUUAUCACCUCGCCCAACCGUCCAGUAUAUCUCGAACGGAUCUUAUUCUCAUCCAGACAGUAGACAUAUUUACUUGAUACCCCGUUCCCAAACAGCACGCAGCGUUCUGAUUUGAUUACGCCCUCCUUGAAAGCAAAACCUUGGAACACUUCUCGACCCCCUCCACUUAACUAUCACCAACUGCCUUUAGCACAAUCCGACAAAAUGGUUAAGAAAAUCCUCGUCGUUCUCACCUCGGCCUCCGAGAUGAAGAACAAGAGCGGCGACACCAAGCCUACCGGUUGGUUCCUGCCCGAGUUCGCCCACCCUUAUGACGAGUUCGUCAAGGCCGGCUACGAGCUCACCGUGGUCUCGCCCAAGGGCGGAGAGUCCAACCUCGACCCGGCCAGCAUCGAAAUGUUCAAGUCUGACGCUUCGUCGACUUCCUUCCUGAACAACCAAAAGGACCUCUGGGAGAAGACCAAGAAGCUGUCCGACUACGUCGACAAGGCCUCCGAGUUCGACGCCGUCUUCUACCCGGGCGGUCACGGCCCCAUGCUGGACCUGGCCGUUGACGCCGAGUCGCAGAAGCUGAUUGCCAACUUUUACGAGGCUGGAAAGCCAGUGGCGGCCGUCUGCCACGCCCCGAUUGUCCUGGCCGACGUGAAGCUGUCCACUGGCGAGUACUUGGUCAAGGGCAAGACCGUCACAGGCUUCACCAACAAGGAGGAGGAGAUCAUGCAGCUCGUCGACUACCUGCCUUUUCUGCUCGAGGACAAGAUCAAGGCCAACGGCGCAUCCUUUGUCAAGGCCGACGAGCCAUGGGGAGAGAAGGUCGUGGUUGAUGGCAAGCUCAUUACUGGUCAGAACCCGGCUAGCGCAAAGGCACUAGGCGAGGCCCUGGUCAAGGUGUUGGGUUAAGUGUACUAUUUUUGGGUGGAUGAAGUAGUUACAAGCUUCUACAUCAUUUAAUGCAAAAAGCUUAAUUCGUGGA